UUCUCCGUAAAGAGGAUCAAUGUUUCCCCACAAUCGAGCCCAAAAGCGAAUGCCUCUAAAAGUCUGUGCACAUGCAGCCGCCAGUGAGUAAACAGACAUAAAACCAUAAAUUGGUUACCAUGGCGCUGAUUUCAGCCCGAGAUACUGCAGAUAUACAGCGCAAUAUUCCCGCAAUAUCCCCGCCAUAAGCGCAGAUACGUUACGGUUUCCGCGAAGUAUCUACUACGCGAAUGUACACCAGACGCAAACAAUUACGAACAGCAUGUUUUGGUAAUGUUACGCUUGAAUUCCCCCUCGUUCGGCUACUCGUAAAACAUUUUGGUAAACAAGAGAUACAAGCAAUCCUGCUAGAUUAUACCCUUCAGCAUGGGCUUGAACACACAGAGAGAGAGAGAGAUAGAGCGAAAACUUUAUCUAGGGACUAAACAACACCAUGGUGCAUAAAUCAAUAUUAGGCUUAUCUUGACCAGCUGUGAGAAUUUGUGCGGCUGUACAUCGCAAAGAUAUUGGGGUUCGAGCCAUGACAGAAAUUGGUAACCAUAAGCGAGCAGCGAGCAGCGACCAUUGUCGAAAAGUGCCAUUGACACCUCACUUGAGUUUCACUUUCCAUUCGACAUGGGUUACUGGUCAGAGACGCGCGCCUGGCUACUAAGGGAUCCAGCCAAACUCAUUCGCUACUUGGUGCUCUUCGCCUGCAGCAUCGUGGUGAUUGUUCAGCUCUACGAGUGCUUCGCAAAGCUCUACAAUCCACCCAUCUCCACUCACUCCUACUACAACGUAAACGACACGAUUGAGAUGCCAGCGAUAACCAUAUGUCGGGAGCCACCCUACAGAGAGGAGGUUCUCACUAACCUCUCUGGGGGCUACUGUCCACAUCCAAAGUAUGCCACCUGCUGGAUGAACUAUCCUUUUGGUGAAGUAUCCCUGGAUGAGUUCUUUGAGAAUGCCACACACGACAUCAGCGACACCUUUGUCCUCUACGGACUGAAUGGCGACAAGAACAAUCUGGAAAUUGACAGCAGUCUGCACUUCUAUAUGGGUCGCUGCCACACCCUACGGCCCAAGGCACCCACCAAGCGUGUCUCCAAGUCUGUGGGCUACUCUCUGAUGGUAGAGCAUGCCCGAUCCACCACCUCAACCAGUGAUGUGGAUACUGGGGGCACAGGCUGGCAUGUCUUCAUACACGAUAAACGAGAGAAUUUCACAGAAAUCAACAUGAAGGGCUCGGGCCGUGUGGAAUAUGUUUUCGUGAAUAUCAACGAGGAAAUCGAGAUCAAGCUGCAGAGUCAAUACUUUUCGAAUGUGGAGACACGCGAUGAACCCUGCUCCAGCGAUAAGGGGUACAGUGACUUGAAGUGCGGGGAUCAUUGCAUCUGGCAGGAUUUGGCAGAUGAGUCAAAAUGUUCGGGUCCCUGGAUGCACGAGAUUGUCAAUGAGCCCUGCAACGACACUUUAUCCAUGAGGAAUCUAAUAUCGGACUAUAAGGAGGUCUAUGAAAACGAGGAUGACUUUGAUUGUGACUGCAUUCUGCCGUGCCAGUCCCGCAUUUACACAACUUUCAUACAGAGUCGGAAAGCCUUCAAUCAGCCAGAGCCUCGUUCUCUAAUCUACAUUUACUACACAACCAAAUUGAUAUCGAUGAUUGAGGAGCGCCCGAGCUAUGACACAACGCAGUUUAUAGCCGAUGUUGGUGGCUCUUUGGGGUUUCUGUUGGGCCUUUCGGUGCUAGGACUCAUUGGCAUACUGGAACAUAUGACUCUCUUCUUUUGUGGUGGCUUCAUCAAGCGCAUGCAGCAGAAGGAGCAAAGUAAAUUGGGUGAAACAUCAGAGGAUGGUCAGUCGCAGACCAGCGAUGAGACCAUCGAUGUGGCCACAGUCUAUAAGAAAAAGACAACAAAUUGAUAGUCAAGGAGUCCAGCUGGCUGGGCAUUCCAUAAAUCCACU